UCAUAUGAUAAUCAACGAGGCGUCGGAGAGUUCGCAGAUGAUAAUGGGCGCGUCUGGUUUAGUCGCGUCGCUUGAUGGGUGUCACUGCUCGGUCUCCUCCUCUCAAUCAGCGUGAUCAGCUGUGAUCCGGCACCUGAGCGCGCGCGCGUUACCCGCCGGAGCCUGUUGCUCAUGUGUGCAGCGGGGAGAUCUUCUUCUGCGGCGCGCGAGAUUACGCGCGCAACUGCACGAUAACGAUCAUGGUUCGCGUCUUCGCGCUUUAGCGACGACGAAGAGGACGCUUUUCGGAUAGAUGCAUUUGUUUUGUUUUUUUUGGCGUCCACGUAUCCUCACCCUCAGCCCGCAUCCGACGAAGUUUGGGCGCGUUUCAGACGCACUAUGCGAUGCGUUCGUGAUAUAGUCACCGGCGCGUCUUGAGAAGAACACCGAAAGCGAGAUCCUCGUUAUUUGUUUCCGCGAUGUCAAUCAAAAAAGCAACGUUGACGGAGAACGGGGUUAAAAACGGGACGUCGAGAAACGUGCUGGAGCGAUGCGCCUCGGUCAAUGAGUAUUUUGACAUCGCCUUCAAGGUGAUGCUGCUGGGAGACUCGGCAGUGGGGAAGACCUGCGUCCUGGUGCGCUUUAAAGACGGUGCCUUUCUGGGAGGCAACUUCAUUGCCACUGUGGGGAUAGACUUUAGGAAUAAGGUGGUGACUGUGGAUAACAUGAAAGUCAAACUCCAGAUCUGGGACACGGCUGGUCAGGAGCGCUUCCGCAGUGUCACUCACGCAUACUACAGAGAUGCUCAGGCUCUGCUGCUGCUCUAUGACAUCACGAGAAAGUCCUCCUUCGACAACAUCAGAGCCUGGCUGACUGAAAUCUACGAGUAUGCACAGAAGGAUGUGGUCAUCAUGUUGCUUGGCAACAAGUCAGACAUGGCCGCCGAGAGGGUGAUCACGCACGAAGAAGGGGAGAAGCUGGCUAAGGAAUAUGGAGUCCCUUUCAUGGAGACCAGUGCCAAGACCGGCGUCAAUGUGGAGCUCGCUUUCCACGCCAUAGCAAGAGAACUCAAGCACAGAAACAUCCAGCAGCCCCACGAGCCCAAGUUCAAGAUCCACGAUUACAUCGAGUCCCAGAAGCAGAAGUCCAACUGCUGCGGCGGCCUCGUGUGAGCGGCUCCGGGGACGGCCGAUGCUCCUACGCCAAGACGCGUGUGAAUGAAACCUGCUUCGUUUUGAUGUGUCCAGACCCCCGUUCGCUUUUUAGUCAGGAAUAUACAGCCAAAUACUGCUGAGGUGCAUCAGAGUAAUACGUUUCUGCUUUAUAAACCGUAUUAAUCCAGGUGUGUACAGUACCCGGUGUGUCUGAUUUAUUCCAGGUACGUUUGUUCGUGUAACGUGGUUUCCGGGUUUCUUCUCCGAUGUUUAUAGCCUCUAUCUACACACGGUAUGAAAUAUAUUGGUGUUGAAUCACAUUAUACGCCACGCAGUUGUGCUCGGGCGGUGAGCUUGUGUCUGUAGUGUUUUUUACUGUAUAUUUGAGCGUCUUGCAGAGUCAGAAUAUCAGCUUAUGUUAAGUAUUAUGUUUACAAUCGGUGUAUAUUGACUCGAAAACAAUCACAACGGCUUGACUGGACCGAGUCGGGCUUGAUUCUGAGGUAAACAUGGGUUUGUUUUUUGCUUCGCGCGCAAGCAUGUCACCCUUUCAUACCCCUCACGCUGUACGACUCGGAGGUCGAUGUGAAAUGUGAAUCGAUUUGUCUCGUACGUUUUUCACAGUGAACACAAAGUGCCAUGAGAAAGUCCAUUGUAACCACACACCGUUUUAAAUCGAGUUAUUUUGGGUUUUUUUGGUCGCGUGUGCGCGCGCUUCUGGCGUUCCCCAUCGUUUCUUUUAGUAUUUAAAGCCACAGGGGGGCGAUAUUACACACCGAGAAUUGCUAAUAAAUAAUAACGUAAGUUAAUUGCCUUACCUUUGAAAUUUCAAAUAUGUGUCCUGUACUUUUGAAUAAUAAAGUGAAUUGUGAACA